CGGGGUUACGAUAGGCAGAAUAACAUAGUGAAAUCAUUUAUCCCUAAAGAUUAACCAUGUGAUGGAGGUUUAAAUUACCAAAAAGGAGUUUUCAUCAUGAGGACGAAGCUUUCGAAUAGACAGCCUACUCGAUAUUGGGGAAAUAUGUAGUAGACUACGAACGGAACGGAAUGCAUAGCAGAGGUAAUCUCUAGCUGUGGGAGUCAGUCGCCCCGGGCGCAGUGUUCUGAGCAAAAAAUGAAGUUAGAGGGAGCCAAACCGUGAAUAUUCCGCUACGGGCAACAAGCAAACUACAUGGUUAUGAAUUGUCCACACACUACGCGGUAUUUUAGUCGGCUAUGCUUUGCGUUUUGAUUUCUUGCUAGCAUAUAUCUUUCAGACUUUUUUAAUGUCUACAGAUUAUGCUUAGCUGAAUAUGAAAUGCAUAUUUUUUUAUGUUGCAUUUCUACCUAUAAAGCUUGACACGUGCCAUUUUUUAAAUUUUCGUUUAUAUGUGAUUUCAGUAUCCAUUAUCUGGGUAUAGGGGAGUGGAUAUUGGUACAGCAACAUGUUUGUUAUAGCAAACCUGGGUUAUUGACAAAAGCAAGACGAAUCAUCACGGGCUGCCAUCUGCCAGGACCCCCACUUUUGAAUUGAACAAUGACUGGACCCAACGCCACUAGCACUUGUUCAUCUGCAGCUAAAAUGGGGAGGCACCGAUCCAAAAGCACCAGUGGCAGUACGUACUGCAACUCGAGCCCGGGUGCUGAAUCUGCCACCCUUAGCACCCCCAACAACGCUGGACGUUCAUCGGGAGAGGAAGAGGAGAAAGAUGGGGGUGUGCUAUUUUACGUGAACAGAACUGGUUUUCCCAUUGAGGGUGUCACUUGGGAGAGGAUGUGGACUCAUGUGGCCAAAGUACACCCUGAUGGACAAGACAUUAGCAAGAUAAGGAAUGCUGCAUACCUUCCUAAACACCCUGUGCCAUCGGUCCCCAACUUCAAGCCCUCCAUGUCUGUCCCUGAUUGGCUGCUGGCCAUCCAGAACUACAUGAAGACACUGCAAUACAAUCACACAGGAACUCAGUUCUUUGAGAUAAGGAAAACUAGACCAUUGUGUGGGUUGAUGGAGACUGCGAGAGAAAUGAUCAGGGAAUCUCUUCCAAUCAAAUGCCUUGAAGCUGUCAUCCUUGGAAUCUACCUGACCAACGGGCUGACCUCGGUGGAGCGUUUUCCCAUCAGCUUCAAGACCCAGUUCUCAGGGAACCACUUCCACCACGUGGUGCUGGGCGUUUACUGCAACGGACGUUAUGGCACACUGGGCAUGAGCCGCCGCCAAGACCUCAUGGACAAGGCUCUGACCUUCCGCACGCUCAGCGAGCUGGUGUUGGAGUUCGAGGACUCGUACCGCCGCUACCAGCACACCCUGAAGAAGGUGAAGAUCGGCCUGUACGUGCCCCACGACCCGCACGUCUUCCAGCCCAUUGAGUGGAAGUACCUGGUGCUCAACGCCGCCCGUCUGGGGAGAGAGGACAUGAGGAAGGAGCUGGAGAAGCAUGGCCGAGACAUGAGGAUGAAGAUCCUGAAGUCGUCAAGUGCCCAGUCUCCCAUCAAAGAACGGACCAGAGGCAAGUCUCUCUCCCCCCGACGCCGACAGAGCAGCCCCCAAAGACGCCACAUCCACCGGAGAGACAAGUCACCUGCGGCUCUGGAUCGAAAGCCUGCAGAACUCAGCACUUUGAACGACGGCUACCAGAUCCGCAUCUGAGACUCCCUGGAGUUAAUUCUCCUGGUCUCCACUCUGACCCCCCAGUCCGCCUCACACACACCUCACACACCCUCAAAUAUAUUUACCAGACAUUGUGUAUAUCAUAAUUAUAAAGUAUUGGUAGGGUUUUGCCAGCCUCUUCUGAAGAGUGAAGAUGACGACAUUAUGCUCAGUGCUAAACUGGAGUUUGACAUCCAGUAGGAACAAAUACAUCAAAUAUAUCAAAGGUAUAUAUUUCCUGUCCUUCAUGACCAGACGAUGAACAAAAGCCUGAACAAGAAGAGGUGUGUUUUUCAAUAUACACCUCCACGCAUGAAUGACAUUACAAAUGUGCAUACAAUGAUGCAUGAAGGCAUCCUAUCAAGACCUCUCAUGCAAUUAGAGAAGUACAUACUGUAUGUGGGGUGCUCUACAUAGUUUUUUAAAUAAUUUUUUUCAUAGCCUGUGUGCUUUUGUGAAGGAGAGCAACAGUUACAUUUCAGUUACAUUUACAAUGUGAAGAUUCAUUUUUAAAAGCUGAGAAUCUGUGAGUUAAAACACUAGCCGACAGUAUGCUGAUAUCAUGUAAAAAGGAUCAAAUAGUGUGACUGAUCUCACAGAUACAGUAGUGGGCCCGGUUUCCCAAAAGUUCAUCGUUAGAACCAUCGUUAAGAUGCUUUUGGGAAACUGGGCCCAGAUCAAUUCAUGUUUUAAGGAAAUCAAAGAUUGUGACAAUGAUGCUUUGGAGCAUAGCCAGAACAUUACCUUUUAUUCCCAAGAUAAUUUGACCGUGACAUUGGGUUGAAUUAAAUGUCAACUCUGUUACACCUCAGUAUACAGACGUAUACAAAAACAUGUGUGAUAAUGUUAUGUAGCUCCUAACUAGAGGCCUUUCUGAAUCCUUUCACAGAAUCUUGAAGUUAAGAAUACUGAACUGAACACCACAAGACAGACUUAUCAGUCAAAUCAAGGCUUCUUUGCCAUCUCAACUGCCAUGAUGCAGUGUCAAGAUUGUUUAUAAUUUUUUUUGUAGUAUUCAAAAGUCAUCAUCAGAUAUUCAGGAGGGUGCCAACUGAACAAUAUCAGAAUGUAUAGCUUUUGGUUAAACAAGCUAUGCACAUCAAACAGAAAUGAUAGACCAUCGUAUGUCUUCCUCAAUCUUAAUAGUUUCUAGAUUGCAGCAGAAUUGAAAUCCAGUCUCAUUAUCUUGAAUCCUGAAUGAACUGAGAACAUAUCAGUUCUUAUGUUUCUAAUUAACAUUUUUUAUUCUAAUGAUCAAAUUGUGAAUGGUGCUGCUAGUCUGACAGUAUACCACCAAGGUCAACACUAUUGGUACCAGCCGUCUGAAAGACUACUCUAAGCACAAAACAACCAGCUUAAUAUACACUACAUGGCCAAAAGUAUGUGAAUUCAAAUUAGUGAAUUCGGCUGUUUCAGCCACACCCAUUGC